GGCAACAUUGUGUUGGCAAAAAAAGACGAAAAAUGGCGGUACGGUGGGCGAAAUAUGUAGCCCGCUUUCCUCACAGCCUUUCGAGAACAGUUAAUGCACGACAAGUGUCUUCCGACACCUAUCGCAGUGAGGUUAUAGAUGACGCACUCAAGGAACAUAACACAAACUUUGGUUUUCAGAAGGUUAGCGAAAGCGAAAAAGCCGAUAAAGUUCGUCAUGUUUUCAGCAAUGUCGCGGAAAAAUACGACUUGAUGAACGAUGCCAUGAGCUGCGGCGUUCACCGGCUCUGGAAGGACAGGCUAAUAUCUGUACUUGGCCCACUUCCUGGAAUGCAGCUGAUUGACGUAGCUGGUGGAACAGGUGAUAUCUCUCUAAGGUUUCUGCAAGCUAUAAGGUAUCAAGAGCUCAAGAGGGAAAGCAGUUACAUUGAUGAAGAGCAUAGUGCACGGCCUACAAGUGCACAUGUCGUAGAUAUUAAUCGUGAAAUGCUGUCGGCUGGAAAAAGAAGUAGGGGACACUUGUAUCCAGAGCUGUCGUGGACACACGCAGAUGCAGAAUGCUUACCGUUCCCUGAUAACUCUUUUGAUGUGUACACCAUUGGCUUUGGCAUCAGGAAUGUCACACAUAUUGACAAGGUGCUCUCGGAAGCUCGACGCGUGCUACGACCGGGAGGUCGUUUUCUCUGCUUGGAGUUCAGCCACGUAGGAAACCCGCUUCUCCGAAGCUUGUACGACACAUACUCGUUUCAAGUGAUUCCAGCGCUGGGCAUGCUGCUUGCUCGUGACUGGCAUUCUUACCAGUACCUCGUCGAGAGCAUACGAAAGUUUCCAAAGCAGGAUCUAUUUAGCGGAAUGAUUAUGGACGCCGGCUUCAAGAACGUCUCCUACGAAAACCUCAUGGGUGGCAUAGCUGCAAUUCAUUCAGGGUUCAAGAUCUGAAUCUGUUCCUUUAAAGUAGUCUCCUUCAGAUACGAAAGUAGCCAGGUUGCCAAUUGAAGUGCACUUCGGGUGGACUCCUUUGCUGCUACCCUUGAGAAACCUGUCAUCGACUUGCGAAAGGUCACCGAUCAUUGUGUGGGUUUCCCCGCCUGAGGAAAGUGAUGCCGGUGCACUGCUAUACGCCCUCUGCCGUGUGCCCCGGGUAAUCAUCAGGCAGAACGGAACAACACUUCGCUGAGGACGUGUGGUUGUGCUAAUAUGCAUAUCGUCGGUCGGUUUUGCUUGCACGGAAUAGAAGAUGGAACUGGUUUGUCCAGAUAGGCCUUUGCUAUAACGACGGGUCAUUGCUAUAGAUCUGUUAUUCGGCUCGGAUAUGUACGGUAACAUCCCUCAGUUGCCAUUGGACAGCGAGAUGUUUCGGGAUUCCCCUUCUUAGCACCAAAGUGUGUGCAGAGCACCUUAUUUUUACUAGUCUUAUCUUUAGCUGUGAAUAUAAAAAAAAGUACGAUGAUGCUUUGUAUCGAUUUCAUUGCAUCCCAACUAUACAUACAGGGUGUUUCAGUUUAAUCCCCGGAAUUUUAAAUAAUUCGCGAACGGGUGCACCAAUCGAAGAACUUUCUUUCUUAGAAGUAUCUGUCCGAUACCACCUACAAGCUGCGCACCGUGUGAAUUAGUGGGAGGCGAUCAUUAUUUAAAUAAAAAUUCAGAUGUGUUUCGGAAUAUACGGAAGUUUAUGCCGAAGUUUAGGGGCUGUUUGCAAUGCUUGUGAGUAAGUUUCAGGGGCGGGGAACAUAUAAUGGGGGAG